AUGAGACAAGUCCCGAACAUCAUUGUUACUGGGACCCCGGGCGUUGGCAAGACCACUCACAGCGAGAGUUUAGCAGAGCGGACUGGGCUUCGACAUGUCUCUGUGAAUCAGAUAGUCAAAGAUAAGGAGUGCCACGAAGGGUGGAGCGAUGAGCACCAGAGUUGGAUUGUGGAUGAAGAUAAACUGCUAGAUGUCAUCGAGGAAGAUGUCAAAGCUGGCGGCUGUAUAAUUGAUUGGCAUGCCUGUGAUCUUUUCCCACGUAGCUGGAUAGACCUUGUUGUGGUUUUGAGGGUGGAAACUUCAACCUUGUUUGACAGGUUGACAGCUAGGGGUUACGCUGAGGCGAAGCUUCAGGAGAACCUGGACUCAGAAAUCAUGGAGGUGUUACUUGAAGAGGCACGGGAGGCUUUUGAUGAGGAUAUUGUCAUUGAGUUGAUAAGCAACACAUCCGAUGACAUGGAAUGUAAUGUAGACCGAAUUGAAGCUUGGGUCAAGCAAUGGAAGUUGGAUAAUGCCCCUACUGGGAAUCCUUGA